AUGUCGCGACGAACAGAGAAAGGCUCGCUGUUUAUUGGGCGCUUGUCCAAAGACAUCAGAACACGCGAUUUAGACGAAGUAUUCGAAAAAUAUGGCCCUGUUGAUAGAUGUGACAUUAAGUAUGGUGCUGAGAUGGCCUAUGCCUUCGUCGAUUUUGCCGAUCGUCUAGAUGCAGAGGAUGUGAUGAAGUAUGAGAACGGCCGGGAUCUGCUUGGGUCGGAGAUCGUCAUCGAGUGGGCCAAGGGCAACCCGAGAAGAACCAUGGUUGGUGGGGGACGGUUCAGUCGUGGAUCGGUAGGUAGCUUUAAAGGCAGUGAUGAGUGCUUUAGGUGCCAUCGUCGUGGCCAUUGGGCCAAGGAGUGUCACAGCCGUGGACCCCCACGUGGAGGAAGGUGGAGACGCUCAAGGAGCAGGGAUCGACCCCGUCGGCGGGCGCGCAGCUACAGUCGGUCAAGGUCAAAAUCGAGGUCUAGGUCACGUGACAGGAAGAGGUCAAGGAGAGACAGCCAUAAGAAGCGAUCACGUUCCAGGUCCAGGUCCAGGUCCCGUUCACCACGCUCUGUGUCGAGGUCCCGUUCCAAAUCCAGGAACCGCUCCAGGUCCAAGUCCCACCAGCGCUCGCGAUCCAAAUCUCCACGCAAUCGUUCAAGGUCGAAAUCUCCGGGUCAUUCAAAGUCGAAGUCGAAGAGAGAUUCGGGAGAGCGGGACCGUAGUAGGUCACGCUCGGCUAAACCGGAGAAGUCUCCGGCCGCAUCGCCACGGAAUGGAGAUGAUAAAGGCGAUGAUGAUUGAGAUGUAACAUUUCGUGGGUGAAUUUUAUUUGUGAAGAAAAAGAAAAAUCUUGCAAUAUUUUAUUCAGAGUAUGAUGGACCUGCAAAGAAAUUCAAGAAUAUUUUCAGAGUUUUGUCGCCUCGUAAGUCAGGAUAUUCACAUGUUGUCGAUUUCAAAGAACUAAAAAGGGAAAUCCCUGGCCUGAACAUAAAAUGAUUUUCAAUUUUCUGGUGUUUCAUCUUGAAGAAGUAGAAGUGUUCAGUGCAGAGGUAGCGUGUUAUUUACGACUCCACUUCAAGUUUAAGAGUGAAUUACUGUCGUCUAAUGCCAGCUUGAGUUUAAGUGUACUGAUGGAACAUUUUCACACUGAAAAACUAUGUGCACCCGACCUGCACAAAAGAUAUUUUUAAUUUUUGGAUCGGACCUAGGAAACCUUAUAUUAAGAAAAAACACAGGAUUUCAAAGUCAAGUAUUUCCAAGCAAUAUUAAAAAGUAGCCCCUUUUCCAAGCAGUUUGAUUUGAUUAUUUUAAUGUUUAGAGGGUAUGCUAUACUAUAUAAAUAUCAUACUAUCCUCAGGAUCAUUUUGUCGACAUUUCCACACAUCUUCUAAAACAAAUUCACACCUAGGAUUUCUUCAUAGUUUAGACAGCACUGCGUUUGCCCUUUAGCUCCAAAUUGUAAGAUGUGCCAUGAAUUUCACUUCACAAAACUAUCUAGAAUAUCUCACUUGUUGUGAAUUUGUAACCGUUGCUGUUAUUAAUUGGAUUAUUGUGAGAUUAUACUGUUCAAGAUCUUGUAACGUGUUCUGUGGUGGAUUUCAUACAUCGGGGAAACUUGAUUGGUCACAAAUUAAUCAAUAGAGACAAAUAACCAAUCGUAUUUUUUCGCUUGUAUUAUCGGAAGCUGAAAACUAACUUUUGGGGACGCAUUUUAUCAUCGAUUCAUCACUGCAGAUUUAUGUUGAAAGGGUGAAAUGAAGAUUUUGUUUUUAGUAUUCCAACAGACUUGAAAGAAUCUUCUGAAUCAUCUUCGCCAUGAGUUUAUUUGAGGCCUCUUUAUUAAAAAUCGUGUAGAAUGGCUUCAGAAGAGCCUUUGGGCCUGGUUUUUUAAAAAGAAGUUUUUUCACCAACGCCAGUGUUGACCUUACAUCGUGUCAUCUCCUUACGGUAGUUGACCCAAGUUAACGCCAGUGUUAAUGACAAAACGUACUGGGCCCAUGUUUCUUUGAGUCCAGUCAUUAGCUACAGGGGCGAUUUUAUAUCCAAUUACAACCCCUGGUCUUUCUUGUAACCAGACUCUUUUGAUCACUUGAAAUUUUAUUAUUUUUUGUUGCAAACUUGCUCAGAUUAUCGGAGGUUUCCACCAGAAUUUUACCUGUUUCUAUAUAGUUUUCCACUUUACAAUUAAGUUCACCAUAAAGUAUGGAGGGGGAGAGUGAAUUUAAGCCAAAUAUAAGUGUGUUUGGGUGGGUUUAUAUGGACAAUUUGAAUUUGUAAUCCAAAACAAAACCUGGAUACUUUCAUAAAACCUGUGACUUUAUAUUGUGAAGAAACCUUUCCAAGCGACUUUGAAGGCGGUGCCAAAAUGACAUCCCAUGAAAGAGAAAUACCUGGUGGUGUUCGGGGAGGGGGGUAGUUGCAAUGACAAAGAGCACUUAAAAAUAUUGGCCUCUGGUAGUGUGAGCAAGUUCUUCCAUUAGAUGCAUUUUGUACAUGUAGUAUUAUUGUAUUUCAUCUAUCCAUUGUUGCAUCAGAAUAUUAUGUCUAUGGCAAUUUCUACAUACUGGGUAAACAAAUAAAGUUUUCAUCGUUCAGGAAUA